AUGGUGUACAUUCGCCAGCGCAAUCUGGAGAAGCUCCAUGAAUACAAAUACUCUGGAGUCGACCACUCCUUGGUAUCAAAAUACAUACUGAAGCCAUUCUACACUAAUGUCGCCAUCAAAUGCUUUCCCAUGUCUAUGGCACCUAAUCUGAUCACACUCACCGGCUUCAGCUUUGUCGUCGUCAAUUUCCUGACGCUCCUCUGGUACAACCCGACCCUUGACACAGACUGCCCACCAUGGGUGUAUGCAAGCUGGGCACUUGGGCUCUUCCUCUAUCAAACCUUCGACGCGGUCGACGGCACUCAAGCACGCAGAACACAUCAAAGCGGACCCCUUGGAGAGCUUUUUGACCAUGGCGUUGACGCAUGUAACACUUCUCUCGAGGUCCUCCUGUUUGCAGGUGCCAUGAAUCUCGGCCAGUCCUGGAUCACAGUCCUUAUAUUAUUUGGAGCACUGUUUACAUUCUAUAUCCAAACCUGGGACGAAUAUCACACCCACACCCUGACAUUAGGCAUCAUCUCUGGACCAGUCGAAGGAGUUUUGACCCUAUGUAUCGUCUUUUUCAUCACCUACCUGCAGGGCGGCGCAAGCUUCUGGCAACAGUCGGCGAUGAAGACGAUAGGAUUAGAGAAGAAUGCGCUGAUCCCGGACCUUUUGUAUGACAUGGCAUGGAAGGAAUGGUUCAUGGUCUAUGGUGGAAUGGUGCUCGUCUUCAAUACCCUCGAAAGUGCCAUCAACGUGAUGAAAGUGCGCAAGGAGAGAGGUCAAGAUCCAGCUCGAGCUCUGCUAGGCCUGAUACCAGCCGGGGUCACCUGGGUCCUGGUCACAGCAUAUCUUGCUCUACAACCAACGAUACUCCAUCAUCAUCUUGUGCCUUUCAUCUUCUUUGUCGGUCUGAUCAACGCCUAUUCGGUUGGUCAGAUGAUUGUUGCUCAUCUCGCGAAAGCAAGAUACCCGUAUCAGAACGUUCUUAUCGCACCUCUUGCUUGGGGAGUCAUCGACAGCAUCGGACCUCGAUUAGGCCUUUGGCCAAGCGCUCUUGGUGAUGGUGUAUACCAAGUCGCAUUUGUCUUCCUCUGCCUGGGUCUGGGGCUUGGAGUGUAUGGAAGCUUCGUCUACGAUGUUAUCACCACCAUUUGCGAUUAUUUGGACAUAUGGUGUCUCACCAUCAAGCAUCCGUAUGUAGAGGGCCAAAGUGACACGGCCGAGGUGAAGAAGUCGAAAUAG